GUGUUUCCGCGUGCCGCCUGUUUCAAUCUUGUUCGUUUCGCAUUGUGUAGAUCUCACCAAGCCAGCUGCCAAUCCGGUCCCUGCCAACUUCUCCAUGGCACCACAAGAUCCAUGCUGCCAGCAGCUCUCCCACGCGGUGAUGCACCUGAAGGGGUCCGUCUAGAGAGACUGCCUGAUGUCGAGGAGCUGUUGGUGGCUGAUGCAGACUUUGCCGUCGGGGACUUGGUGCUACGGGAGCGCUUCCUGCUGCGUGGGCCAGCAGAGCUGCCGCCCUUGGGGAUGUUUCGGCCUGUGCCACCAGAGGUGGGAACAGUGGAGAUCCUCGGAGAGGAAGGCUUUCCACGGGCCGUGAUUUUUGACAACGAGCACCUGAAGCUUUUGUUCGAAUUCAUGAAUUCCGAAGUGGAGGUGCAACAAGAAGUGCUUGCUAUGCAAGAUUCCAUGCAUCCAUGUUCUGAGACCUUCCAAUCCACUUCCCGGGUGGCUGAAUGGCUGGUGGAGCAGCAACUCCCCUGGCUGGAUGACUUGGACUUUGCUUCACUCGCUCGGCUUCUAAGGCUAUUCUGUGUGAAUAGUCAUCCAUGCAAAGUGGCGGGGAACACCAGCGGUUUGUUGAAAUGGGGCACCAUGAUCAAUCAUUCCUGCUUACCAAACGUGGUUUAUUCAUCAGUUCGUGGCCUCGAUGGUGACUUUGAAGGGCACUUCCGAGCCUGUCGUCCAAUCAAAGCUGGGGACAUCCUGGGAGUUUCGUAUAUGAAGCUUCAAACGACCUUGGCACCAAUGUCCUUGAGACGCAGAAUGUUGUGGUACCUCAAAGGCUUUAUUUGUCUGUGUUGCCGCUGUAGCUUUGAAGCAGCAUACGCAGAUCCUGCACGGACACUGGGCUGCUCGAGCUGCGGACAGAUGACAUGGCAGUUCUUGCCAGGCUUUGAGCGCCAUGCCUUCUCCUGCAGCUGUGGCAAAAGGGCAGAUGAUGCUCAAACCAAGAACGAACAAAUGUUGUCUUCAGCGGUGCUUGGUGCUUUGUGUGCACGAUGGUCUGGGCUUUCACAAGCAGAGUCAGCCCUGACAGACUUGCAAGACCAGGUGAGCACCUUGCAUGAGGACCACUUUGCAGUACGUUGCUUGCAACUCCUUUUCUUGGCUCUGGAGGGCGACGAGUUCCUUUCAUCGAAACGAACUGAAGGUGGAGAUCGAUGGUUGCGCAAAGUCUACGAACUGGGACAGUGGCAAGAACGCAUUCGACCGCGACAGCACGGUGGAAUGCUGUUGAUGCUCUCUUUCAAAAGUUUGGCUCCAACCAUCCGCCUCUUGAGUCAAAACCAUGGCGAAGUAGAAGUCUUGAGAGACUUGUCCAGCUGGGCAGCAUCUGUGCUAAGUAUGGAUGAUGCCUGGGAUACUCAUGAGCUUGAGGAUUGAGCCCGAGCAGUGACCAAAA